CUUUGCAGGAGUACAGACGUGAAGUCAUCUUUAUUGUGUUUAGUCAUUCGUACAGAAAAAUACAAACACGAGCAAAAGAAAACCGUGAAUCAGGUAAGAAUUAUAGUAUGGGGAAACAGUGUAUUCAGAAGGAGGUUGACUAAAAGUGCCCUGUGGAGUGUAAGGCUGCUAUCUGGAGGAGCGGAUAAGGAAGCAAAGAAUGGCAGCCAACUUUACCGUGUCAGUGGACGAGGUCUCCUGCCCAGUGUGCCACGACAUCUUCACCUGCCCUGUUGUCCUGUCGUGUAGCCACAGCUUGUGUAAGGACUGUCUGCAGCAGUGCAGGACAGCCGGCUUCCAUAAAUGUCCGCUGUGCCAGAGAGCGUGUCCCCCCGGGACCGAGCCCCCUGUUAACCGGGCUUUGAAGAAUCUCUGUGAGCGGUUCCACCUGGAACAGGAAGUCGCAGGGGGCUCGGAGACUCUCUGCGGUCGGCACGGCGAGAAACUGAAGCUCUUCUGUCUGGUGGAUAAACAGCCGAUAUGCGCCGACUGCGUGCCGGAUUUGCACGACCGUCAUAAAUGCUGUCACUUAAAGGUAGCAGUGCACGACCAUAAGAUGAGGAUGCAGGCGGCCCUGAAGCCCUUACAGGAGAAGCUGGAAAACUUUAAAAAGAUCAGUGAAACUAGAGAUCAAAAACUGCAUCACAUCAAGAGCCAGGUUCAGCAAACAGAGAAGCAGAUCAAAGAGGAGUUUCAGGAGCUGCACCAGUUCUUGCACCAAGAGGAGGCAGCCAGGAUCGCAGCCCUCAGAGCGGAGGAGACACAGAGGAGCCAGACUCUGAGCAGGAAGAUGGAGGAAGUGGUCAGAAAGAUGAAGGCCCUUUCAACCACAGUCAAAGCCAUAGAGCAGGAGAUGGGCAAAGAUGAUGUUUCAUUCCUGCAGAAUUACAAUGCAACAAUGAAACAGUGAGUCAAAACCCUUUACUUUCCAUUCUUCCUAUGCAUCACAUUGAUGUAAAGCCAACAGCAGCUCUGACUCCUGAAUAUUACUGCAGGACUCAGUGCACAGUGCAGGACCCAGAUGUCUCGGGAGUGCUAAUCGAUGUGGCCAAACACCUGGGCAACCUGAAGUUCCAAGUCUGGCAGACGAUGACGGGAAUGGUGAAGCACACUCCUGUUAUUCUGGACCCCAACACAGCCGGACCCUUCCUUAUAUUCUCUAAGGAUCUGACCAGUGUCACAUCAAGCAAAGCAUAUUCCACAAAUGCCAAUACUCUUUUUGGCUCACAAGGAUUCAGCUCAGGGAAACACCAGUGGGAUGUUGAAUUUCACCGAUAUACUUUUAUAGAUAUAGGUAUUGCCGAGGAGUGUCAAAAAGAGAGAUGGAGUAAUGAUGAACACCAUGUCUGUACAGUACGUCACUGUGGUGGUUAUGUCCAAAUAAGUGAAAAAUCUGUACGCAGGGGAAUGCUUUUGAUAAGAGUGCUCCUGGACUGCGAUGAAAAGACUCUGUCAUUUUUUGAUGUCUACGGCAAUAAAACUUUCCAAACUGGUUGUAGAUACACUCUCACAGGGAAACUCUUUCCAUUGUUUUACUUCUUUGAAAUAAAUAAUUACUUGAAUCUGAAGAUCUUGCCUGCCAAGAUCAAAGUCAUGCAGAAGAAAGUUCAGUGACUGAAAAGGCACGCUUCUGGAAAGCAAGUGGUUUACGGAUAAGAAACCUGAAAAAGGUUGAGUUAACAUUAACUGUGACUUGACAUAAAAUCAUUAAUUGCAGUCUUCCGAGUGAACAGGAACAGUGCUUAAUCUCAGCACUCACACACAGAAGGUUUGUUCUUAAAGGAAACGAGCACAAAUCACCGGCCAUAAUUUAAGAGAAAACAGUUUGGGCAAAACAUUUUAUGCGUUCAUAUCAUGUAUACUGCUUUUCACAUGGGUCUUAUUUCCUGCGGAAAGGUUAUUUGUCUUCAGGUUUUUGUGUGUACAUUAUUGGAGGGUUCUUUUGGUUCGAUUCAUAGUUAAAAUCACUACAAUGCAUUUGAAAAGUUUUAGUUUUCAAAUGCCUUGUCAUCGUGUUUGGAAGCCUACUAUGCUUAACUGUUUUAAGGUUUUAUUUACCCAUGUUGUGGUUUAGAGCAAAGGUAUUUGUGCAUUUUAUUUGAAUUAUAUCCUCAAUAAAGUUUUAUCAUCGUAAUCAAUAUGCUUUCCGGAGGUUUCCUUUUCAUAGUAGUGAAAUAAUGUAAUUAUUUACAGUCUGUGAGCAUUCACACAAGCUGUUCAAGUGAUGUUAAAAUGUCAAUGUCAAUUACAAUAAAAAAAUAAACACGA